AUGUUACCUCAUUGGACGCUGCCUGCAGCCAUGCUGGUGGGCUCUCUGCUGGUUCUGCUGGGCUCCCAGUGCGUGUGGGCCAGGAAGUCGGAGCCGUGGCUCGGUGAGGGGAGCGCGGGUCUGUUCAGGGGAGCCGACCGGUACGACUUCGCCGUGGAGCUUCCUGCCGCGGCGACGGAGUGUUUCUGGCACUUCGCUCAUCAGAGCGGACGCUUCUACCUGACGUUCAUGGUCCAGUGGACCACGGGCGUGGCCACAGACCCUCGGCUCUUUGUGACCGUCAGCUCACCGCAGGCCGCUCUCAUGGCUUCUAAGAACGCUCCCGUUGGUCAGAUGAACUUCGAGACCGAUGUGACAGGUUUUUACCGGAUGUGUCUCGGGAACCACAACAACCGGUUUGGCAGCGUCAGGGUGUUUCUGAACUUUGGUGUCAUCUAUGAAGGCUUUCAGGAGUCAGAGAGAGAAAUGGAGGAAGAGAAGAAGGUCCUCAACAGCACGUUGACCGGCAUCGAGGAAAGCCUGCAGAGACUCCAGAAUCACGUCUUCCACAUGUGGCGUCAUUACAACUUUGCUCGGAUGAGGAAAGGGAAGGACCAUCACCUCCUCCUGUCCAACCUCAGCUACGUCGGCUGCUGGUCGGCCGCUCAGUGCCUGCUCAUGCUCCUGGCUGGAAUCCUGCAGCUCCUCGUCCUCAGAAGACUCUUCCACACAGACUCCAGCCGCUCCAGAUGCUGAGAGCAAGACGGUCACGUCUGACAGUCCUGCAUCGCUGUGAUUAUUGUGAAUGUUUUGUACCUUUAUGGUAUUAGAGCAGAAUCACAGUAAAUAAAUGAGUGAAUAUUAUUAAUCAUGGCAUAAACAG